UCAACAUGUGCAAUUAUAUCCAGAUCCAAUAUCAUUGCGGCCACUUCCGGUUUCCCGUGCUGAAAUGGUGCCACGUCUACGAACGCACGCAUAAGAGGUGCCCGCCUAACGUCACUUGUGCGGAGUGGAGGUCGACUCGACUAACAAAAACAGCCGAUUGUCGGCCGGUCCCGAAAACAGCUUGGGAGUCGAUGAUCAACAGGUCGCACCAAAGCCCAUAUGUGUAAACCAGGUAGUGGAGGUAGUCUCAAUGUGACUCUCAGCGAGCGACAUGUUCCUCUUUCCCAGCAUGUGACGAGCAAUGGGCAGGACUACAUAGUUCAAGUAUUAGAUGCGAUACAUCCCAAAAUCCUAGCGCUCCAUGCGAACCUGUCGCGAUAGACAUGGUCAAAGGUCGGUAUAGCUGUGGCCUGCUUUGGUGAGCGAGCACGCCACGCGCAUGUGGAAGCC